AUGCGCUCCGCCGCUGUCCUGGCGCUCCUGCUCUGCGCCGGGCAAGCCACUGCCCUCCCUGUGAACAGCCCGAUGAAGAAAGGGGACACUGAGGUGAUGAAGUGCAUCGUUGAGGUCAUCUCAGACACACUCUCCAAGCCCAGCCCUAUGCCUGUCAGCCAGGAGUGCUUUGAGACCCUCCGAGGAGAUGAACGGAUCCUUUCCAUCCUGCGGCACCAGAAUUUACUGAAGGAGCUCCAAGACAUCGCUCUCCAAGGGGCCGCGGAGAGGGCACAGCAGCAGAAGAAACACAGCAGUUUGGAAGAUGAACUCUCAGGGGCUCUUGAGAGCCAGAGAGACAAGGCGGAGCUGAAGGAGGUGACAGGAGAGGCGGCCUCCAAGGAUGCUGUGGAGAAGAGAGGGGACUCUAAACAGGCAGGGAACCAUGGUGAAGGCACAGAGGGAGCCAGGCCCCAGUCCUCCCUGACGCCCGCGGAGGGGUCCAAGACGGAGAACCACCAGGCCUCUGAGGAGGAGGAGGCCACAAACAACCACCCCCCGGCCAGCCUCCCUGGCCAGAAACACACAGACCCACAGGCCGAGGGGGACACAGAGAGCCCCUCACAGGGUCUGGUGGACAGAGAGACGGGCCUGGGUACAGGGCAAGGGCAGCAGGCAAAGAGCCAGGAGGAGGCAGAAGACAAUGCCGGAGAGAAGGCUGUCUCUGAGGAAGAAGGCCCCACUUCGGCACUAGACCUCCACUCGAGCCUCGGCUACAAGGAGACCCAAAGGGGCAAGAGUACUCGGCCGGAGGCCAUGGCCAUGGAGGGAGCCAGGAAGACUGGGGCUGAGGAGGUCCAGCCCCUGGAGGGGAAGGGGGAGCGAGAGUACUCCCAGGAGGAGGAGGAGGAGAUGGUGGGGACCCCUGAAGGCCUCUUCCGGGGCGGGAAGAGCAGGGAGCAGGAGGAGGAGGAGCGGCUGUCCAAGGAGUGGGAGGGUGCCAAGCGGUGGAGCAAGAUGGACCAGCUGGCCAAGGAGCUAACAGCUGAGAAGCGACGGGUGGGGGCGGACGCGGAGGAGGACGACCCCGACCGCUCCAUGAAGCUCUCCUUCCGCUCCCGGGCCUAUGGCUUCGGGGGCCCCGGACCGCAGGUGCGGCGAGGCUGGCGGCCAUCCUCUGGGGAGGACAGCAUCGAGGCGGGCCUGCCCCUCCCGGGCCGCAGCUUCUCAGAGGAGAAGAAGGAGGAGGAGGGCAGCGCCAACCGCAGACCGGAGGACCAGGAGCUGGAGAGCCUGUCGGCCAUUGAGGCAGAGCUGGAGAAGGUGGCCCACCAGUUGCAGGUGUUACGGCGGGGCUGA